AUGAAUUGUUUACAUGAGAAUGAAUUACCAUACACAAAAAAUAAAAAAAAAAUUGAAAAAUGCUACAAAGUUUGGGAAAAAAUAAUAAGUAAAGGUAUAGGAUGCAGAAAAGAAGAAAUAAAAAAUAAUAUAACUAAAAGAAAAAGAGACAAAGAAAGAUUAAUAUCUACCUUAUAUGGUAGUGUAUUCAAAGGAGAAAAAUAUCUUUUAUAUUCUAAAAAAUGGAGAGGGAAAACUUUGAACGAAAUAAUUAAUCAAGAUAAAAAAAAUUAUCUAAAUUUAAAGAAUUUAAAAAAUUUAAAAAAUGUAGAUAACUCAUAUUUUUGUAAAUUGGCUAUUGGAUAUUUAGAUCAAGAAAAUAAUAGUUCUUUAAAAAAAAAGACAGAUUUAGAAUGUGCCCAAAAUUAUGAUCAAAAUAUGGAUAAUAAAAAUAUGAAUGCUAGUCUAAAAAAAAAUCAAGCUAUUAAUAAUGCCAGCCUAAUCAAUAAAAAAAAAAACCAAUCAAUAGAAAAAAAUACAGAAAUUCAUAAUAAUGACGAUGUAUAUGAAAAACUUAAUUAUCUAGAGAAAAGAAGUUAUAGGAAUAAAAUAAAAGUAAAUUCUAACUAUAAUUGCAACGCCAUUAAUAAUAAUUUAACACCAAAUGAUACUGACAUUACAAAUAGUAAAACUAAUAAUCAUGAUAAUGUUCUUUUAAAUAGCAACAACAAUAUCAAUAACGAUCAUAUAAAUAAUCGAGAUAAUCAUAUGUCUAUUCAUAAUAUUAUCCAUAACAACAAUGAGAUUAAAAAUAGUAAUAUAAGUUCCAAUAUCAAUAAUAACAAAGAGGCUUAUAAUAACGAUAACAAUUAUUAUUAUUAUUCCCAUUUUGAUACAAAUAAGAAUUAUAAUAAUAGCCAAAUCCAAAAUGAUAAUAAAUGCUAUGAAAAAAAUAAUAAUGAUAAUAGAUUAAUAAAAUAUAAAUACCUACCAACUGGUGUAUUUUAUAGUAGAGUAUCCAGAUCUUUUAUAGCUAACUGGAUUGAUGAUAAAACAAAAAAACAAAUAAAAAUGCCAUAUAAAAUAUCCGAAUUUGGAGUAGAAAAAUGUAUGAUAUUAGCUAUACUGUCAAGAAAUUUAAGAAUAAGUAACAUAAAUAAUUGCCUAAAAUAUUAUGAUAAACUAACAGAAGAUCAAAAAGAACAAAUGCUUCAAGCUAUUAGAACUACACAAAAAAGUGAAAAAUUAUUUAAUGAUAUCCUUAAACCUAAUAUUAAAAAUGUUACAAAUUCCAUUAAUGAUAUCUGUUCUGUGUCUACAAGUAAUUCCAAUAAAAAUAAUGAAAAUGAAACAAAAAGUUUAAAUAUCAAAAAUAAAGUUAUUGAAAAAAAAAAAGUAAAACAGUCAUAUAAUAAUGCCGAAAAAUUACCAACAGGUGUCUAUUUCUAUCAAGGAUCUUAUGUAGCUAACUGGUGGGAAACCAAUCAAAAAAAACAAUUCAAAGUUCCAUUUAAAAUUUCAGAAUAUGGAAUGACAAGAGCAAAAAAUCUAGCAAUCAUUUCAAGACUUAUUAGAUCAUCCUCUAUACAAGAAGUAAAUCUAAUUUUAACACAAAUGGAACAAAAUAAAAACAUCACCAAAUUAAACUAUACUACUAUUUUAAAUUUAGCUUUUAAAUACAUGAAAAAUCCACCGAAAAAAUAUUAA